UAGCCAACAAGUCAGUCGUUGCAGUGUUCGGUGGGGAGGACCAUUGCGACAUGUAAAAUAGUCUGCUGGUUUGAAAGGUCUACUUCCACCCGCAAUAUUCCCAACAAUGGUGGUGGGGGCAGAUUUCAAAGAGUUUAGGUCCUUGUCAACCUCAAGUCCCGCUAUAAAUCCCUAGGUUCACAAUUAGGCAUGUCAAGAACGCCACACCAUGUCCUUGUAGUCUUCGUCAGCAUCAAUUCCACGGCCAAGUUCAUCUUGGGUGGGCGGCCCUCAUGCCCACUUAUAAAUAGGGCAGAUCAUAAUAAACGAAUAUUACUAACCAGGCUAAGAGAACAAAAAACAUAUACUCUCCGAGGCAUGGACACAGAAGGUGGCUCUGUUCAACUUCUACUUUUCGUUCUCUUUUCGGGUUUUUUGUUCUUUGAGACCUUUAAACUUGGCUCCUGCAAUGAUGAUCUUCAAGUGGGUUGCAAGGAGAUUGAGAAGAAAGCUCUCCUCAAGUUCAAAGAAGGCCUCACAGAUCCUUCAGGCCGACUCUCUUCUUGGUUUGGAGAUGAUUGUUGUAAAUGGAGAGGAGUGAGCUGCAAAAACCAAACUGGACAUGUCAUCAAGCUUAAACUCCGUAACCCAUUUCCAAACAACUACGAUAUUGAUCAAACAACUCACGAAUUGGGAGGCGAGAUCAAUCCUUCUUUACUCAAUUUAAAGUAUUUGAACUACUUGGACCUCAGCAUGAAUAAUUUUGGAGGAAUCCGAAUUCCGGAGUUCCUCGGGUCCCUGACAAAACUUAGGUAUCUCAAUCUUUCAAGUGCAUCCUUCGGUGGCACGAUCCCUCCAAAUCUCGGAAAUCUUUCGACUUUGCGUUAUCUUGAUCUCGAAGAUAACCUCGAGUCUUCUGUUGACGGAUUGAAGGUGAAUAACUUGCAAUGGUUGUCGAAUUUUAAGUCCUUGAAGUACCUUAAUUUGGCAAGUGUAGACCUUAGCAAGGUUGCAUCUUCUUGGCUUUCAACUAUGAAUAUGUUUCCUUCUCUUGUGGAGUUGCAUUUGCCCCUGUGUCAGCUAUCCAACCUUCCUAUCUCUCUUCCACUUGUUAAUCUUACAUCCCUUUUGGUCCUUGACCUCUCCAACAACGGUUUCGACUCCACAAUACCUUACUGGCUGUUCAAUCUCACUAGCCUUGCAUAUCUUAAUCUCAAUUCCAACAAUAUCCAUGGUGGACUUCCUGAUGCAUUUUCCAAGUUAACUUCCCUUGAAAACCUUGAUCUAUCUGAGAAUGGCAUUGAAGGUCGGUUAUCGAGAGGAUUGCAAAAUCUCUGCAACUUGUGGAAUCUGGACCUUUCCACUAACAAGAUUACCGGUGAAAUAUCUGAAGUUAUCAAUGGAUUAUCUGGAUGCAAAAAUAACAGCUUAGAGAUGUUGGAUUUGGGGUCCAACGAAUUGACAGGCAGUCUCCCCGAUUCAAUGGGCCACCUUAUAAACUUGCGAUAUGUUGUACUCCGGCAAAACUUGUUCAGCGGUUCCAUUCCAGAAACGGUAGGGAACUUAUCAUCUUUGGAGGAAUUGUACCUUUCAAACAACCAAAUGAGUGGAAACAUCCCUCCAAGGCUUGGUCAACUGUCAUCUUUGGUUGUGUUGGACAUCUCUGAGAAUUCAUGGGAAGGUGUCAUAACAGAAGCUCAUCUCUUGAAUCUCUCGAGCUUAAAGGAGAUAUCACUCUAUAAAGAAUCUCCAAAUAUUUCCUUGUUUUUCAACAUCGAUUCUGAUUGGAUUCCUCCUUUCAAACUCAUAUACAUUAGAAUUCGAUCGUGCCAAUUGGGCCCCAGAUUUCCUCCAUGGCUCAGAAAUCAAAAUAAGCUGAUCACUGUGGUACUCAACAAUGCAAGGAUUUCAGACACCAUACCAGACUGGUUCCUGAAGUUUGGUUUGCAACUCGACGAACUGGACGUUGCAUACAAUCAAUUAAGGGGCACUGUACCCAACCCAUUACAAUUCAGUGACUCCUCCAAUGUCGAUCUGAGCUCGAACCUCUUUGAGGGUCCUCUCCCUCUCUGGUCAUCUAAUGUGAGUACCCUAUAUCUAAGGGAUAACUUGUUUUCUGGACCAAUUCCUCCUGACAUUGGUGAAUUAAUGCCUAAUCUGACAGACUUGGAUAUCUCUUGGAACUCUCUAAACGGUAGCAUUCCCUUGUCCAUAGGUAAUCUGAAUGGUUUGACAACUCUGGUCAUCUCGAAUAAUCUUCUUUCUGGAGAAAUUCCACAUGUUUGGAACAAUGUGCCAUUGUUGUACAUUGUGGAUAUGUCAAACAAUAGCCUUUCUGGUACGAUUCCAAGUUCAAUUGCUUCUCUAAGAUCCGUCAGAUUCUUAAUACUUUCUAGCAACAAUCUUUCAGGGGAACUCCCUUCUGGCUUGAAAAACUGCACUGAGAUGAUCAGCCUUGAUGUUGGAGACAAUCAACUAUCUGGAAGGCUUCCAGCUUGGAUAGGAGAAAGCAUGACAUCGUUAUUAAUUCUCCGUGUUCGGAACAAUUCCUUUGCUGGAAACAUACCUGCAAGGAACUUGACUGGCUUCAAAACUGAGGUUACACCCGAAACUGUGAGGUAUGAGGGGCGAUUGCAAGUCAUGGCCAAGGGAAGAAUGCUUCAAUAUUUCUCUAUACUUUACCUUGUGAAUAGCCUCGAUAUUUCGAGAAAUAAUAUAUCUGGAGAGAUGCCUAAAGAAGUAACAAGCCUGACAAGGUUGGGCACCUUGAAUUUGUCCAUGAAUCAUAUGACAGGGAACAUACCUGCAAAUAUCGGAAGCUUGGAAUGGUUAGAAACUCUGGACCUCUCAAUGAACAACUUUUCAGGGUCUAUUCCACCAACCAUGGCUUCUAUGACUUUUCUGAAUCACUUGAACCUGUCAUAUAACAAUUUGUCUGGUAAAAUUCCAACAGGCAAUCAGUUCCUAGUCCUCGAAGAUCCAUCAUCAAUUUAUGUGGGUAAUGUUGCACUUUGUGGGUUUCCGCUAACUAUCGCGUGCAUUAGCAGUGACCCGCCUCAAGCUCCAGCUGGGGAGAGUAUAGGAGAAACAGAUGAUGCACUUGAAAAGAUAUUGUUCUCAAUUUGCAUAGGAUCGGGAUUCUUCCUAGGAUUUUGGGGAGUCUGUGGCACUUUGAUAGUGAAGCAGCGAUGGAGAGACGCUUAUUUCUAUUUUCUUGAAGAAGUAAAAGAUAGGCUUUUUGUAGUGCUCUCUUUAAAACUCAUUUAUCUUCGGAGGAAAGUCUUUGGAUGUUGA